CUGGUGGCGAUAUACAGGUACCUACCUAGGUACUAUGUAUCUGUCAAGAUUCUCAGCGACUACUUACUUGUACUGGUAUGCAUGGUUACCACAACUGGCCGCCAGCAAAAAAAGGACCUACGCCCACAUCGACGUCAUUGUGCCUCCGUCACAGUUACCCCCGAAAAAGCCACCCGCGCCGCGAUCCAUCCACUGCCAAUUGCUUCGCGGCGAAACCCUUCCACCUCACACGGCACGCACUGACUCGGAUUGCACUGCCAGUGUGUGUGUCUACUCUUUGGUUCAAGUUCUGCACAAACUGCACUCUACCAAACCGCCUGCGACCUAGACCUACGAAAUACUAGCAUACCGGCCACAGUUCUCUACCGCUGUUCCUGAGCAUUUGGUUUGUUCACUUACUGCUGAUUGUGUUGUGUUACCCGCCUGCACUCAACGACGUCAAGCUGGCCGCCAUUUGCUGUCUCUAAAUCUCAACGUGCCGUCCCGAAGACACCUACCUCGUCCUCGCACCGACAUUGCCUACGACAUCUGGCUUGCACUUAACCUCCUCCUCAGACGAUGUCGCCCCAGCCGUCGCCAUGAAUUAAGACAGUGCUUCGUCGCGGUCUCGCUCUGGCGGCUUGCUGCGCCAUUGUUCAUUUCCCUACGACCAAGAGACUUCCGCGACCUCUAUCCAUGACUACCAGCCGGUUCUCUCGAGGUUGCAGACACCGAAGCUGGAUGUGUCUGCACCCAUAAUGAAGCCCACUAAACCUACCAAUGCCGGGUUGCCACAGCAUGGCCACUCUUCACGGCCCGGCCAGGAGCGUCGCUCAUCCCAGGGCAAUAAAGAUACUAUGGCAGAAAAUCGAAGUGGCAAUGCUGCCGGCCCCUCCGCAACCCAGUCGCUUGUCCACAGUCAAGUCACAAAUGUAUUGGUACGCGAGAAUUCCGGGGGCAUGGAGGCUAUGCGACGAAGAAUGGGUGCUGCUCUGGCGCAAAAACAACAGAGACGUGCCGCUGCAGCAUCGAGCUCUUCUUCACCCGAACUUGCGAAAGCAGAUGAAACACCUGAACUACCAGCACCGCUUGUUCAUACAGAAUCUAGCUCAGAUGAAUCGGUCAACACGGUGCAUACCGGGACCAUGUCUACCGAUUCAACAAAGACGAUCAAGGCGGCCUUUGACACCACCCCAGGCGCCAUUAGGACGCCUUCUUAUCCGUUUCCCAGGAUGUCAAUGAGGUUGAAUCGUGGUGUCAGUCAACGCUCCGGACCGUCGCAUAAACCUUUCACACUUUUGUCGCCAACAAAUGAACCAGCUGGAGGGAAGGAGUCGUCAACAAUAGCGCAGCCUCGCCCUGAGCCGCAGCGGGAAGCCUCCUCUUCUGAUCUUAGUACGCCGUUGGGACAGACGCCUAUGAGUCCAGCAUUUGCCGACGACCCCAACUUCCCCACUCCCGACCUAUACGACAUCAUCCUCAUGUUGAAUUCUGAACCCGGUUUGGAUAUGUGGUGGGCUAACGUGACGGAGAUUCUCUCAGAAGCGUACGGUGCGGAACGCGCUUCACUUGCCAUACCGGGGGACAUCACUGAUCUGGAGAAUGUGCCGUGGGGUCAGAAAGCUACUUAUAAUAUUUGUGGCGCUGAAGGCGUGCCUCCUUCUCGUGUGGAAUCGCUCACAGCCUCCGAGGCGGACGCUACCUCUGUGGGAAGACGGCCAGAGCCAUCAAGUCGGAUGCCCAGUGACGCCAGUUUACUGGCUGCCAGCGUGCGCCGACCGCCUCUCCUGUCCCGUCACUCGAUUGCUGGACCAGUGCCCGAAGCCUCCCUAAGCAGUUUUCGCCAGAGACCGGCUGGUCCUGUCCGUGCUCAUAGUAGCAUUCCUAAGGAACAGGAAGAGGAAAACUCGACGUCGAGUUCGUCCAUUCUGCCGCGGCUGACACGACAAGCCCCUACACCUCAGUCUGUAUCCGCCGCUGACACAGAUCCGUCGUUUAAAGGACAGUACUAUUCUUCCGGAUCGGGGUCUUCAACCUUACGAUGCCAUGUGCACCGUUCUAUUCAGCCACUCGAGGCGGAAACAGACCCUCUUUUGGUGCGCACUGGUGUUGUUGCUUUGUUCGGCAAGAGAAAGCCGAUCGUCUUGACACGAGCAUACACAGACACGGUUCCGAGCAGAUCACCUACCAUCAAGGGACGCGAUGACGAUAGAUUCGAACCGCCCACCCCUUCAACCGCAUAUUCGGAAGGAUCGCUGUCUUUCAGUCGUCCCACGCGUGCAUUCGACGAUUUAGAACAGCCUGAACCGUCUCCUUGGUCGCAAAGCCCUUCGCCUUCGCCUGCGGCACGGCCUGAUCCAGCCGAAUCGCCUUUCUUUGUCCAGGCCACUGCAUCAAUAGAUGAGGCUGCAUUCGAACAAAAUCCCCCGCCAUACGACUAUGCCACGAGUGCCAAUCAGUCAUUGACCGCGAUCGGAGCUGAUAUGUCAAAAACUUUGAUCCAUUUGCCUCUAAUUCAGCCAGUUUUGUCUAGAGGCGCGCUGGCUUCGAACUUGAGGUUCCCAACAGCCAUACUCUCAUUCCUGACACCCUUGACUCCGUAUCCACGCAGUCUGCGACGUUCGCUAGAGGCACUUGUCCCGCAUCUGGCGAGCUCUUAUUCUCUGGCGCAGCAAUAUAGUGCUCUCCAGGACCGAUCCCGUGGCAGUCCAAGUAAUCGUCAUGGAGCGGCGUUUGGAUUGGGAGGUACUUUUUCUGACGAAGGGUCUGAGCUCGAACUUGUUGCAGAACUAAGUGGACAGCUUGCGCAGGACAAGGAAAAAUCAAGAGCAUGGCGAUCUCAGGAAGGAGACAGUCCUGCUCUCCUUCGGGAGAGUCCGUACAGUUCUGUGGGACCUUCGCCGCUGAUGGAACACCUGGGGCUUAGCCCCGGACUGCCGGCAACGCCAGGCAAAUCUGGCACCGAGAUGCUAGAUAGCUAUUUCUCUCUCAAGCGGCACAGAACUAGUCAACAGCCUCUCACUCCUGGUCAACGUCCGAACAAGGACGAGCUAGCACAGUCUAAACGAUCGUCCGAGAAGGCAGCAUCGAGCGCCAGACAAAGCAGCAAGAAGGCCAGCGGAAACAUGCCGAAGGCACUACCCGAACCAUCGAGCCCGCUGACUACUCGAUCGGCCAGCAAUGCCUCUGAAAAUGAAUUGGGAGACUCUUCUUGGAGCUUUGCCUAUGACAGAUUUGAUUCUGCAGGUCGGAGGCAGCCACCGCGCCGGGAAAGUCAGCUCAGAGAUGACGACGAGCGGCCGUUGCCCGAAUUGAUAUCAUCGCUAAUGCUCAAUGCCGUGCCACUUCAGUUGUUCCUUGCGAAGCCUGGCACCGGCGACUUGGUCUGGACAAAUCGCAAGUUUGAUGCGUUUAGAAGUCAAGGGGAAGGCCGCGUUCGUGACCCUUGGAAGAACGUUCACCCGGAAGACAGGAAUGGCCUUGUGAAACUCUGGAAUGACGCGCUAAGGACAGGCAGCCAGUUCACUCAUUAUAUACGCGUCAAGCGUUUCAACAGUGACAGUGACUAUAGGUGGUUUGUCUUCCGGGCAAGCACCUUACUCAGCAACAAUGGCCGACUUUUGUAUUGGAUCGGGUCGUUUCUGGACGUACACGAGCAAUACAUGAAAAAUUUGGAGGCGAGUGAGAAGGAAGCAAUCUUGGCACAUGAUACCAAGAUACGCGCACUGGCAGAUGCUAUCCCACAAGUCCUCUUUGAGGCCAUUGAAGGAGACGGUAUCGUAGCUGUCAACCAGCAAUGGCACGCGUACUCCGGCCAGACUCUGGAGGAUGCCCGAGGGUUGGGUUUUGCCAAGCAUGUCCACCGGGAUGACCUUCACAAGUGCGGUAUUCUAUCGCCGAGCGAUGUGGCAGCAAUUGCGAGAUCGUCCACAUCAGGAAGUCAAACCGAUUCCUCUGGGGAUUCUAAUCGAACUGCCGCGCCGCCUUUGCCUGCCCAAAACAAUCUGUUCUCACCCGACCCAUCCUCGCUUGACCGCAUGAUUAAGCAGGGAGCAGUCCUGGUGGAAAAGGACGAGAAUGGGCGAUUGUCAUAUUUGACAGAGAUUCGAUUGCGGUCGAAAGGUGGCGAGUAUCGAUGGUUUCUGGUGCGGCUGGUACGGGUAGACACUGGACUGUGGCAGAGUCAAAGCGGUCGGGCUUCUUGGUAUGGAACGUGCACCGACAUUGAGACACGCAAAAACCUCGAGAGAGAACUCAACCAGGCCAAUCACAAGGUACACUCGGAGAUGGAGUCCAAAACGAAAUUCUUUGCCAACAUGUCUCAUGAGAUUCGGACGCCGCUGAAUGGUAUUUUGGGGAGCAUGCCUUGGCUGGUCGAGUCCACACUGGACCAUGAUCAAAGACGGACUGUCGACACUAUUCAGAACAGCGCCAACAAUCUCCGGGAACUGGUCGACAACAUUUUAGAUGUCACCAAAGUCGAGGCAGGGAAGAUGACAUUGCUUCCUAAAUGGUUCCAUGUGCGCACCUUGUGCGAGGAAGUCAUCGACACUGUCUCCUCGCGAGCGAUUGAGCGGGGCUUGGAACUCAAUUAUUCGCUUGAUGCCAAUGUUCCUUCCAUGGUCAAGGGUGACGCUUUCCGGGUUCGACAAGUUCUUCUCAAUCUGCUGGGCAAUUCGGUCAAAUUUACGGAGCAGGGGGAGGUGUACAUGAGAUGCUCGUUACGAGAGGAAGGGAAGUCAAGUGCGGAGCAAGAGCCGCCGACAACGGCUCUGCUCUCAUUCGAUGUUGUCGACACCGGACGUGGUUUCAAUGAGAACGAGUUCCAGCGGCUUUUCAAGCAGUUCGGCCAAAUCGGAGGCGGCAGCAACCACGAGGCCGGCUCAGGCCUGGGUCUCUUCCUGUCCAAACAACUGGUUGAGAUGCACGGAGGGGAGCUAUCCGUAAAGAGCCAAGCUGGCGAAGGCUCUACUUUCAGCUUCUACAUUAAAGUAGAACUGGCUCCACCUGGGUCGGACGUCCAAUCUCCCCCUGCCACAGUACGACCGGGACAGCAGAGAUUAACUCCAUCGGUAGGCGGGAGUCCACGAUCUCGAUCAGACAAUCGUACGCCCACCAUGGCUUCGACUAGGGGCUUCACACCUUCGAUGGAAGGCAUCAUUCAAACGCCAGGUCUUUCGAGAUAUACGAGCUCUCCUGACAAUCAACCGGUUUCGUUGCCGUCGCCAGCUGUGCCGUCACCACUCGUCUCUUCCCCACCAGUGGUAUCACCGCCUGAACAGCCAUCAGAGAGUUCUGCGAUGUCCACCCGGUCCAACUCGGGCAAUGUUGUGCUUACAUCAUCGAUAUCUUCUCAGUUGCCCACGCCCGAAUCGGCAGGCUCACGCGAUGCGGUUACUAGCCCAAGCGAACCACAAUCAAUCGUGGCGAAAAUGGCCUCAUCGCCCCCGGUGUAUCGACGAAGCAAAAGCGAUAAUGAUGGUGGUAGAGUUACACCCGAGACGGCGCACCCUCAGACAUACUCGAUCAUUAUCAUCUGUCCAGCCGAGCACGCGCGGACGGCGAUCAAACAACAUAUUGAGCACGUGGUGCCUUAUCAGAUCGCGGCCAAUGUGACAACGAUCCCGGACAUUGGCUCUUUUCUAGGCCUGAUGAAUGGUCCUUCCCCUCCAGCUUUCACGCACGUUGUUCUAGACAUUCCUGCGACGUCCGACAUCAUGCUCUUCAUGCGACGGAUGAUGAAUUGGACUGGGUCAGUGGUUCCGGCAUUGGUUAUUAUUACGGAUCACUAUCAAAAGCGCGACAUCUUGGAAGACUUUACGCUGCUGACUGCUAGUGGGCGUAAGGCGUUCCUGAUUCACAAGCCAGUCAAACCUUCGGUGUUUGCCAUGAUAUUCGACCCUGCACAACUGCGCAACUUGAGCAAAGACCGGGCACGGGAGGUGGCCCAAUCGAGUUCUGACGAUUUCCGGCACAUAGCGAAGCUGGUCAAGGACAAGGUUGGCGGCCGCGAGUACCGAGUGUUGCUAGUGGAAGAUAGCGAUGUAAAUCGCAUGGUCAUCCAACGUUACCUCAACAAGGUAGCAUUGGAGAAUGAUUCGGCCAAAAAUGGACAGGAGUGCGUCGACAUGGUGCAAGCCAGAGGGCCCGGAUAUUACUCUCUGAUCAUCUGUGACAUCCAAAUGCCGAUCAAGAAUGGAUAUGAUGCCUGCCGAGAAAUUCGAGAAUGGGAAAAAAGUCAUGGGUACCGACCAUCGCCGAUCAUGGCAUUGACAGCCAAUGCAAUGCCCGAGGAGAGAGCGGCGGCGGCGAAUGCUGGAUUCACGGACUAUCUUACAAAGCCGGUUGAUUUUAACGUGUUGGGGACGAUGAUGAUGACACUGCUUGAUCCUAGUGUGCCACACGUGUUCUUACGUGAUAGGCCUCUUGAGUCUUGAUGGCAGGGGCCAGCGUACACAAGACCAGAUGCGACCAGAAUGUUACGGCGUUGUGUCAGGGACUCUUAAAAGGGGCUAGGGGUUGCGGUCGGCGCUCUGCCUGUAUUUCUGCUGGUUGUGCGAAAUCGAACAAACAGAAUGCUUUUAGGAUGGGGUUGGUGGCGGUGGUGGCGGUGGUGGUGGUGGUGGUAAAAUGGAGUUCUCUCGUCUCAGACCAGUCAGUCAUGCAUCAAUGAAGGGAUCUUCUUAGGGCAACGGCGCAACUGGGGCCAGGUGAUGGGGUCUGGCAUGGCAUUCAGUUGGGAGUUGAAACGACCCUCAUGAACAGAUAGUGGAGUAUCGAGCAUCGAUGGCUAAGGUAGUGAAGGUUCAGGUAGUUUGUAAGGUGCGCGCUCAGUGCUCACAGGUGAGAUACAAUACUAGUAAUACCUCAGCGACGACAGUACGUAAUGUAUGAUUGAGCAACUACCUAAGGUUGUUUACCUGACCACUCACUGAUUGCAAUGACUGUGCGCGCUCAUGAAGUCAGGCUGUAUAGAAGGCUUAAGGAGCUUGGAACUUGAAUGGGAGAGGCAACAUUCCAG